AUGCAACAAGUAUUGACGACCCUCCAAACAUUAGGCAGGGGCAACUGCUUCGACGACAUCUGUCAACUGUCUUUGAUGAGCAAGCCGAUGGCGGCGGCUACGUUCCACAAGUUCUGCAAGCACUUUGCGCAGGAGCUGUUCGAGGAGCACAUAUACCUUCCUACCGGAUCGUACCAGGAUGAAGUCAUGUGCAUGUACGACAAGCUGGGGAUGACGGGGGCCAUCGGAUCUACCGACGUGACCCACAUCGGAUGGGGCAUGUGCCCGUUCACCCUUGGCCGUUCUUAUACGGGCAAGGAAGGAUUCCCGACCAUCGCCUACCAAGUGACAGUCGACCACGCGGGUCGAGCCAUCGCGAUAACCAGCGGUGUCCACACCAUCAAGACGGAUGCCCAGUACACGAAGCGCACGUACAAGCUCCGGGGGGCGGAUGGAACAUUUCGGGAGCGCAAGGGGUGCUACUUAAUCGUUGACAACGGGUACCACGAGGUAAAUUCACUUGGCCAUCCUAAUAGAAUGAGAGAGGAUUAUCCCCUGGCGGGAAACACUCGAGCAGGGCUACUGUAGUUCAACCGUCGGCAGACCCAGUUCACUUUGUCGUUGUCGGCCUUAGACAGCGUUGUUUCCGGCGCCAACCAAACAUAAAAAUCUCCUUCCGCUUACGCCUACUUGAUGCCGGGAAAUGGGGACAACGUGGAUGCCACAACGUAACACAUCACACAUCGAUGGUGUGUGUAGAAGUCGGGCAAGUUAUGAAGUCACGCUGCAGAUUUUUCUGUCGACGCAU